AUUAUGAGAAAAGUUCCACUACUUGUGAGUUGAUUCCUUCGAGUGAGAUAACUUGUUCAUAUAUGGCAGACACGGGUUGGAAUCAUGGAUAUAAACAUCAGCAAGACUGUCAAACCUUACUGGAAAAAAACUUCACACAAGAUGGCGUUUAUAUUAUAAGACCAGAUCCAAACCAAUCGGCGUUCAAUGCUUAUUGUGACAUGCAAGAUGGCGGAUGGACUGUUAUUCAAAGACGUUAUGACGGGAGUGUCGAAUUUCACAACCAAAAUUGGACUGAAUAUAAAGAUGGUUUUGGGGACGUUUCCGCUGAACAUUGGUUGGGGAAUGACCUCAUUCAUCUCAUUACAAAUUCAGCAAAUUAUGAUAUCAAAUUUGAUCUGAUGACUCCGGACAAUGUUUGGCACUAUGCAACAUAUUCUAAUUUCUCAAUACAAGAUGAAACAGCCGACUAUCAACUUUCAAUGGGACAUUUAAAAUAUGGCACUGUCGAAGACUUCAUGGUGAAUGUUACUAAAUCAACGAAGAUACUAGAUGGAAUGAAAUUCAGUACAGAUGACAGAGACAAUGACUUUAGAUCAGGAGCAAGUUGCGCACGUCUCUACGGUAAUGCAGGUUGGUGGUACAAUUCCUGUACAAAUGUCUGCCCAAAUGGCAAGUACAGUAUGGACGGCAUAUGGUACGAACAAGAUCUUGGUAUUAAAUGGCAACCCCUAACAUUUAGAGGUGGACCUUCUUUAAUGGCAACGACCAUGAAGCUCAAACGGUUGACAUAGACGGUAAAAAUGCUAUAAGCCAUACAUUACACUGCAAGAUUCAAUAUCUGACAUGUCUGACUUUUGAUCCUUCUCAUUUAUUUCAUUUUGUCAUAUCAACAUUGAGAACACAUAAUCAGCUGCAACAAUUGACCACAAAAUAUUAUAAAGAAUCGUUAUAAUUAUAAAACUAAUUAACAAAC